UACCGCGUUGCUCUUUUUUUACUGUCUAUUUGUUGCCAGUACGCGGAGGGAAUCCCUUUACAUGACUACUUAAUUAAAACAAACAAAAAACUCAGCAGCCAAUAGCAGAGCGGAGGACGGUGCUUCCCGCUCCGCCGUCCGCCCGGGGAGAGUAUAUAGAAGCGGAGUCCGUCCAGGACAGCAGACAACAGGUGCACCAGGCAGGGACAGGGGCGGAGGGAAGGCAACAUGGUGUUUUACUAAAGAAACGAGAACUGGAGAUGCAACUAACAAGUGGAGACUCAAAUGACUGGGACAAUAUGAGGAGACUGCGAGCUUUCGUAGGAAAGAGAAGACAUUGCCCCUCCAAGGGACAAAACGACACCCACCAUGUCUCGUACACGGAGUUUAAGAGGCGGAUCAUUCAUAGGAGCAGCAGUGAUGGUCCUGCAGAGAGUACACCGCUAGCCACUGGGCGGCAAUGUGAGCCCAGCUUUGAGUUCGACACAGUCUGUCAGAGACUGGAGCUGGAUUCUCCACCGAGACACCAGGAACAAGCACAGAGAGUCCUACAUGGAAACCUUCAAGAGAAAGCGUUGAUGGAAGGCAUGUCCGACCAUGGCGCUGUCAUACCAGGCACCUUCACUGCCAGGGGACGGCUUCCCACAGAAAACCACCCAGAACAGGGAUGGGUGUGGAGAGCUGCAGUUCAAGAACAGGCUGGUUCUGAUGAGAAAAGACAUAUUUUGCCGCCGUUUGCUAUUCUGGACAAACCUUCUGUCAGUCAGCAGGGAAAAUCUGUGAUAAAGUUGGCAGCACCGUCACUGCUGAAUGACUACUACACUAAUCUUCUCGACUGCAGUUGUAAUGGUAUGAUUGCAUUAGCCCUGGGCUCUUGUGUUUACCUUUGGAAUUCAGAAACUCGUGGUCUGGCGGGAUAUUUGGACCUGAGACCCCGACCAGGGACACCGUACCAUCAGGUGCAGUCCAUCUCGUGUCUGAGCUGGAGUAGAGAUGGCAGAGCUCUGUGCUUUGGUACCAGGCGAGGGGAGAUACAGUUGUGGGAUGUUGAACACAAGAAGAAUAUGAUGUGUCUGCCAUCACACCUGUCUGUGGUCAGAGCUCUUUCCUGGAAACAGCAGUUACUCAGCAGCGGCUCUGUUCUCGGACAUAUCCAUCACCUUGACCCUCGGGCUCCUACACCUCUGGUGGGCGCAGUUGUCCAGAAGGAGGGGAUCUGCGGUCUCCAGUGGUCACCCGGAGACGACAGGCUGGCCAGUGGCACCACUGAUGGCAACCUAUGCAUAUGGGAUAGUGACAUUGCAGGGGUCACAAGGUCACGUCAGCCAAUCAGUACGAUGGAACAGCCCAGCGCUGUUAAGGCAAUGGGAUGGUGUCCAUGGCAGAGAAAGAUGAUCGCCACAGGAGGUGGGUGGAAAGAUGGAGAGUUGAGAAUCUGGGACACAGAUUCGGGGACUUGUGUGACUUCCACCAACACAAAUUCUCAGAUAUGUUCUCUACGAUGGGCUGAAAAGAACAAAUAUCUGGUCACAGGUCACGGCCUUCCUCAUCACCAAGUUAACUGCUGGUCCUGGGAGUUUCCCUCCCUCACCCCUAUCUACCAACUCACAGGUCACUCUCAUCGAGUCCUGCACUUGGCCAUAAACCCUGACAGCACUCACAUUUUCUCUGCUGGAGCGGACCAGCAGUUUCACAUCUGGGACAUGUAGUUAUCAACAUGGACGGUGAAUGUUGUUGCUUUCUCAACAAAUAUUAUUAUAAUUUCUACUACAGAUAAGAUUACUUUUUGGAUAACAGGGCAUUAACAUGAAAAUAGUACAGGAUAUACCUUAAAAUAUUAAACAGGAAAGUAAUUCUCUGGUUAUACAGCUCAGGCAGAGAGAGUAGCUCACUCACUAGGAUUAACAUUAAAAGACUGUCAGCACGGAGGUUGUGUGUGGAAAUAGUAAUAUGAUUUGAAUAGCACUUUUCAAACAAGAAGCACAGAUUGCUUUCCAAUACAGAGAAACAGAGAAAAAGACAAUCACACCUAUAAAAUAAACCGCUUAAGAAGACAUACUGUCCAUCCUUAAACUAGAAGGGCACUCAGAGAGAGCAGACCUUGGCCAAGGCCAAUAGUCCAGUCUAGUAUAUGACAUGCAAUUCUGCAAGCGCCUCCACCAUACGGUAUAUGUCUAAAUAUAUU